AAAAAAAACAGAAAGAGAGGGGUCCAGAAACGAACGCAAACUCGAGGAGUAAAUUGAAACAGAGCACAAGUUUCAGGGGAGCAAAGUGCAAUUUCCUCGAAACUCGUUUUGGCGGUUUGCCGCUUCCGCCGCCGAGCUCCGUCGCCUACUUCAUCGAGCGACGGCGGGCGACGACGGAGAACGGCUCAGUCUGCAGUUCCGGCCGAAAGAGAGGAAGAGGGAGAAGGAGGAGAAGAAUGUUGGAGGCGAGGACUCUGGUGAAGGCGGCGGUUCCUUCCACCCUCAUCCGCCAUCCCUCUCCUGGAAAUCUCCAGUCCACUCGCCUGCUCUCCAUGCUAACGAGGAAGGAUCUUCGUGCUGGGUCUACAUCGCUUCCGGUUGCCACGUCUUCAGAGUCCAGGUGCCCUUGGAGGGGGCUUUGGUUGGCGAAGGCAAAGAAAGCCUUCUUAUUCCUGCUCAUGCGGAGGUUACAGACUCUAUGCUAGUCAACCGUUGCCCACACCGAUCUGAAAUUCAGAGUAUAGUGCUGACUGAAUCUGACAGUGCUGGCUACUUGAUGCUGGGAAGUGUGGAUUCCUGUGGCCACCUCAUUGUAUCUAAGCUACAUAUAGGUGGUGAGGUUUCAGAUGAUAGCAGGCUUACAUACUCGGUAUUGCCUCAAGAUUGUGGAAUUGGAGAAGGUAGUUGGGCAGGACUUUGCUUCAGUCCAAAUCAAUGGUCUAUGGCUGCUGUGGCGCGGAGCUUUUGCAAAAGCAUCGAUAUAUAUGAUCAGGAUAUCCAUCUUCAGACUCUGAGGACGCUGUGGUAUCCAUCUUCACUGAACUUCAUAGAGAAUAUGUCUAAUGGGAAUGGAAGUUUUAUAUUAGCUGUCGCUGAAGGUAGUCAGCUGAGUAUAUGGGACUUGAGGAUGAAAGAAAAUGGCGGUUGCCUCCAUCGAAUCUCUGGCUCUCUUGGUGACAACUUCUAUGCUGUCUGCAGUUCUUCUACCAGCAGCAUAGCAGUUGGUGGAGCUGAUCGUACCGUGACCAUAUAUGAUCCUCGCAGAUGGUCAGCAUUAUCACGAUGGGUGCAUUGCUCAAAGUAUGAGAUCACUGGACUUGCAUUUUCAUCAAUAAACUCUGAUUAUAUCUAUGUCCAAGGAAUGGAUUAUGAGGUCUUUUGUGGGCAGUGGGAAAAGAGCGAGAAAGUAUUUACAUUUAGAGGAGACUCGAACUGGCUAGGGUUUAAUAAGUCCCAUGGCAGAGAUGUCUUAGGUGGCUGGUGCGACUCGGGUAGCAUCUUUGUUGCUGAUGUUGUGGGUUGAAGCUAAAGAAGCAGCAAGCCGGAGAACUUCCCAAAUGGGUGUUCUUUUUCUUUUAUGAUAAAAGAAUAUAUCUACUUCUUUUGGUAGGAGAGAGAAAUUACAAGAAAGGUGUCUUUUAGCAUAUGAGGGGGCUAUAUUAGCAGCUUAUGAUGCUUCCAGUCAAGCCAUCUAUCUGGUCAAUGAGAAUCUGGUUCGUGAGGAAAUAUCUUCCGUAUCUUCUCAUUGUAGGAUUUCAGCAUUCCCACUCCUUUUUUGAUUGUCGGAAACCACUUUAUUCAUCACCCUUUUCUUAUGUCCCUCGUUCAAGUUAAACAUAUAGCAAAGUUAUUGUUGAAGGAGGCAAUGUUAGAGCAUUUCAAUGUCGAUCCACGAUUAUGUUUAGAUCGGUUGGCAGUGGUCCGACCAACCAAAGACGGACAGUUACAGUGGCCUAUGAAAUGUGGAAACAUCGUGAGUAAUGAGUGCGAGCAAUUAGUAGAUUGAGAAUUCCUAUA